AUGCCGCCAGCCGUCGCCGCCUCUCCAAUCUACAAUAUACAAGCUAUCAACACCCUCCUCGCCUCGCCUGUUCCGCAGCCUCUCACAUCCCGUAUCCAGCUUCUCUCCGCAAAGAUCCACCUCCUCACCAACGAUCCGCCCUCCGACCCCUUGUCCGUCCUGCGAACUAGAAGAGAACUGGGAGAGCUGUAUCUCAAGGAGAAACAUGAUGUCAAGGCAGCCGAGAUCGAGUUGAGCAUGGUUCAGCGAGAGUGCAAAGGUAUAGUGAAACGGAUUGCUAGAGAAAGGCGAUUGGCGCAGGAGGGCAAGACAGCCAUAAAGUCUCAAGAUGAGGUCAUGAGAGACGAAGAGAUGGAAAGUAGUGCGGUCAAUCUGAGGGUGGAAAGCAUGAGAUUGUUGGUACAGGUCGAGGAAGAAUUAGGGAGAGAAGGCAGGGCAGAGACAUGGAGGAAAUUGAUCCAGGAUGCUGGAAAGACGAUAUGA